AUGGCGGAACCAAUGUCGAAUCUUUCGCCGGAAAAGCUCAAUACUUACUCUGACAACAUCAUCGUCGACGAUAUUGAUAUGGCGUACAACGAUCCGCCCUCGUCGCCUUUCGUCGAACACAUCGGAGUCCAAGACCAGGAGAACAUUGCCCCUGGAGCAGCAGCCACACCGGUGAAGCCGCUAAUAGACUUUGAGGACAGCGUGCCCCAAUCCGCUUUCAGAGUGUCUCCAGAGAAGAAAUUUGGGUUGAAGGAGCGCACAAGCCCAAUGAAGACACUGCCAGCAAAGAAUUUGAUGGACGACUUUGAAGACCCGGCACUUAAAACUGGCAGUGCGGAUCGACAGACUCCCCAGAAGAACAUCUCGCCCAUCAAGGAGAUUGCUACCGAGCGACGCGGGUCCGCAAUGAGUAGCCACUCCUACAAAAGCCAAUCGCCCUCGAAAUCGUCACGCGUACCUUCGCCCGAAACGGUCCAGCGCAAGCCAACCCAUACACAUCAGCGGCAAACAUCGGUCACACCGUCAAAGCGACCGGCCUCUUCUCACCAAGAGUCUCCGCUCCGCGACAACGAGGGCUUGACUACCGCGAUGAAGUUCAUGGAGGAUAGCAACUUUAAAACACGCGAGACACCCAGAAAGCGAACAUCUCGGGGCCACGAAUUUGAAAUCGAUCUGAGCAUGGACAACACGGACUUUAAUCCAGACGGGCCAGAGCCAACAUCCUUGGACAUCGAUGAUACCUGCUUCAGCAACUUCUCAGAGAUGCCGGGGAUCGAUAUGACGAAAUUCGCAUCCCUGAAACAGAGCCCAACAAAGAGCAGCAUGCCAGAUAUUGAAUCCUUCUCUUCAUCCCGCCGUGCGUCACCCGGACGCGGGCGCAAUUCGCCUAGCAAGUCUAUUACAGAGCCAAAUCUCCGCUCCUAUUACCGAGACCAGCGAUCGCCGGCCAAGGGUGGAUCGCAAGUACCUGCAACACCAAGCCAGAGAAGCCAAAUGUUGAAUUUGUUGGAUUUUGAGCUGCCUCCACCGCCUACACCACGAUCGCUACCUACUGUCACCAUCCGAGAGCUUGAGUCUGUAAAGUCCCAGUUUCAGUCUCAGGUGUCGUCUCUCACCGCCAGCUUGUCUGGAAAAGAGGCUGAGAUCGACGCUCUUUCCAAAGCUAUCGCCGAUGCUGAACGCCGAGUUGGCGAAGCCCAAGAGACCGUCCGUGACGAACGCUCAGCUCGCGAAUAUGCAGAGACACAAAUGGUUGACUGGAAAUCAAAAGGCGAAGAGGUCCAGAAACUGCUGCAGGACGUCCAGGCUGAGAUGGCACGCAACGACGCUGAGCGCGAAGAUCUCCUAGCGAGGUUGGCCGAUGCAGAGAAGCGUGCUGAUGAUGCAGAGAGCCGCUCGUCUGAGCUUGAAACCAAGGUCAUCGAGGCUGAAAGCAAGAACGUCGACAUGACGACUUUCAUCAACAACGAUGACGGCGAUGAGAACAAGAAGGUUUACUCAGAACUUGAAUGCCAAUCUGCUAUUGCCGAGAAGGUCAAUGAGAUUGCACGCGACCUGCACACAGCCUACAAGGCUAAACACGAGAAGAAGAUCAAAGCCCUCAAGGACAAUUACCAGAAGAAGGCCGACGAAAAAUGCAAAGAGCUUCGGGCGCAGAUUGCUAGUCUCGAAGGGCAAGUGGAAGAUGCAGAGAAGAAGCGUGACAACACUUUCAGUAGGAUCAAUCCAGGCCAGCAUGACUCCAGGGACCAGAGCCAAGGAGCGUCUCCCUCAAAGACCACACGAAACGCCGAAGACGCUCAGAUGCUAGAAGCGCAGAGAGCUGAAAUCGAGAACCUCAAGGCUAGACUCGCCGGGCUUCAGUCGGAACUUCAGUCUCUUCGCAAAUCCCACGAUACCCUUGUUGAAGACCUUGAAGCUGAGCGCAUCGAGAAAGGCGAGCUCGUAGCGGCCGCCGAACAGAUGCUCUCCAUGUGCGGAGAAAAGAUGGAAGAGAUGCAACAAGAAGACCUUCGCCGCUCACAAAUGGCUUCCGCACCACCUGCUGCCCCCCAACAACAAGCGCCGCCUCAGCAAGCAAUGCGCAACACGGGUUUCCUGGCCGGUGGCCCCGGUGCCUCACGCCCCGGAUCCGCACUGGGCGGUGGACGUCCCGGCAGUGCGAUGGGUGACCGUUUAGGUGCCAUGAACGAGCGCACCGGCAGUGGAAUCGCUAAACCAUCAGGACUUCGCGCACCAGGUGGCCUUAAGUUCCAAGGUGCUCCCGGUUUAAACCGGAGUCAAAGUGGUGGGAAGAGCAGGUUACUGUCCAACAUCGAGCGCAUGGGUGGGGGAAAGGCACAGGAAUAG